AAUAAAAAAGACAAUAAAACAACGACAACAAGAAGAACAAGUGAAGCAGAAGGUGAGAAGUGAGAGGAAAAGCCUCAAUUCUCUCUCUCUGUUCAUCUUCUGCUUUUUAUGCGUCUCCACUGUGCUCCUUGCUCAAACCAACAGGCUCACAAACAAGUGAACUCCUCUCACAAAAGCAAAGAAUAUUGCUCCAAAAAAUUACACAUCUCCUUCUUAUUCAACAACUAAAGCAGGAAGAAGAGCAAGAAGAAGAAGAAGACAUGGGUAUUCUACAUGAUGAUGUAGUGAUCAUAACGCAGGCAGAGAAAGAGGGAGACCCAAGUGUGAUUACAAUAAAUUGUCCUGACAAGACUGGCUUGGGUUGUGACUUGUGCCGCAUCAUUCUCUGCUUUGGUCUUAGCAUUGUCAGAGGAGAUGUAUCUACGGAUGGGAAAUGGUGCUACAUAGUGUUUUGGGUUAUUGGGAGUCCAGAGACAAGAUGGGGUUUGUUGAAGAAGAGGCUAGUGGGGACCUGUCCUUCUUGUUCCUCAGCUUCUGGGAUUUCUUUUUACCGGUCUGAAUUGCAGCCACCAAAGCCUCCUGAUGUGUUCCUUCUCAAGUUCUGUUGUUAUGAUCGAAGAGGGCUCUUACAUGAUGUGACAGGGGUUCUCUGUGAACUCGAGCUGACCAUCAAGAAAGUUAAGGUAUCCACCACGCCAGAUGAGAAAGUGAUGGACCUGUUUUUCAUCACAGACACCAGGGAACUUCUGCAUACAAAUAAGAGAAAGGAGGAGGUGUCUGACUACUUAAAAGCAGUCACGGGAGAUGCCAUGAUAAGUUGUGAAAUUGAAAUGGUUGGUCCUGAGAUUACUGCAUGUUCGCAGGGGUCUUCAUUUCUUCCAUCUGCAAUUACCGAGGACAUGUUUGAUUUGGAAAUGCCCGCUGAACUCCCAAGUGGAUCACUCACCUCCAGAAGUGUUUCUGUGACUAUGGACAACACGCUGAGUCCUGGUCACACGCUGGUCCAAAUCAUUUGCAAAGACCACAAGGGUCUUCUUUAUGAUAUAAUGAGAACGCUAAAGGAUUACAAUAUUCAGAUCUCUUAUGGCCGCUUCUCUAUAAAACAAAGAAGACACUGUGAGAUUGACUUGUUCAUCGUGCAAGCUGAUGGAAAGAAGAUAGUUGACCCUAGCAAGCAGAAAGCAUUGAGAUCCCGCUUGCAGCUGGAAGUGCUUCGUCCUCUCAGAGUAGCUAUUGUUAACCGAGGUCCAGACACAGAGCUGCUGGUUGCAAACCCUGUGGAAUUAUCUGGCAAGGGCCGGCCUCUUGUUUUUUAUGAUAUCACCCUUGCUUUCAAGAUGCUGAACACUGGCGUCUUUUCGGCUAAGAUUGGACGGCAUCUAAUUGGAGAUAGGGAAUGGGAAGUUUAUAGAGUCUUGAUUGAUGAAGGGGAUGGCUUGUCAGUUCCGAGGAACAAGAUUGAAGAACAAGUUUGGAAGAUGUUGAUGGGUUGGGAGUGAUAACAAAUGCAAAUGCUGUUCCUCUUGGAUGCCUGCGUUGUUCUGUACAGCAGAAUUCUCCCCAUUACCACAUCUCUAAAUGUAAUUGACGGGAUGUAUGCCGUUAAAAGGCGAAGCAGGUUGCAUAUCCUAUAUUACAGCUUGUCCAUACUAACUCUGUAUAGUAAGAAUGAGAAGAAAUCAGUAGUGAAGAUGGAAAAGGAGAGUGCAGCUCUCAUGGCACUUGCACAUUGUUGUAAAAAGGUAGAUAUGGUGCCAUUUCUUUCAUGUGCUAUUAUAGUUGAAGUUCGUUCUUGUGAUGGAUGGAUGUGGUUGGUCAGUUGGAUCAAAUUGUGCAGUUCAACAUUUCCAGGCGGCUCUAUCUUUAUUUUUUUGUUGUACAUACCUCUGUAGGCUGAACGUUGAAUUAUAAUAGAAAUUAAAGAAUAACUAUUUGUCAUUGCCAAAA